AUGGCUGUCUGGAGCGGCCCCGAUUCGGCCGCGGGGGGCUCGGCCCGGCCCAGCUUGACCUCGGUCUCGUCGGGGGAGCUGCAGAGCGUGCGCACGUGCAACUGCGAGCUGGCCCUGCUGCCGCUGCGCCAGCUGCUGCUCCUGCAGCCCGACGCCUUCCAGCUGAAGGGGGACACCCUGGCCCUGCUGGACCCGCCCCGCGGCCGGCCCGGGGGGGGCUUCACGGUGCUCAGCGACGGCUCCCUUGACGUGGACGGGCAGCGCCUCUGCCGCCUCACCGGCUACUUCAAGAGGCAUGUGGAACUCAACACCCACUAUGAUUACAAAAACUACCGAGAGACUAUACUGGGCCGUCCAUUGGUAUUCUUCAUUAAUGUCCGAACAAAAUAUAAUUCUUCAAAAGAAAAAACAUAUGCUUUGCUUGUGAACCCUCGGCACCCUAAAAUGAGAAGACAGAUAGAGAAUGGCAUGAACAAUAUUAUAUCCUCUGUAUUUGGAGAAAGCUACAAACUUAAGUUUGAUUUUCAAGAUGCUGUAAGGAAAUUCUUUCCUUCAGGAACCCAUCUGGUUAACGGCGAGAACUUGAGCUUUUCCUACGAGUUUAAAUCCGAUGCCUUAUUUGAUUUCUUUUAUUGGUUCGGGAUCAGCAAAAACACUGUCUCAGUGAAAGGGCAAGUUCUUAAUUUGUCAAGUACCAAUACAGAGAAGAAGGAAAUGAUAACAAAGUUUCUGGAUAAAAUGAGCGAACCUAAUCUACGUUCUCACAGCUUUUCAGACAGAAAGUUCAGUGUUACCUCCAGAAGUUCAGUAGAUGACGUGUUCAACAGUAACUUAACACCACAGCCAUCUUUUAUGGAGUCACCUUUCACGGUCUGGACAAUUUCAGCAGUUCAGGAGCCUGAAGUCUGACUGAAUAAAGUAGUCAGGUGUGCAUAAGUGGAAGAAAUGCAUUGGAUAAAGAAGGGAUACACAAUGGUAG